AUGGCACAUCCCUCUCAACUAGGAUUCCAAGAUGCAGCUUCACCUGUAAUAGAAGAACUUCUUCACUUUCACGACCACGCCCUAAUAAUCGUCUUCCUAAUCAGCACACUCGUGCUUUACAUUAUUGUGGCUAUAGUAACAACCAAGCUUACUAACAAAUUUAUCCUAGACUCCCAAGAAAUUGAAAUCAUCUGAACCUUGCUCCCGGCUAUUAUUCUAAUCCUCAUCGCCCUCCCCUCCCUACGCAUCCUUUACCUCAUGGACGAGAUCAAUGACCCACAUCUCACAAUUAAGGCCAUGGGCCAUCGAUGAUACUGAAGCUACGAGUACACUGAUUAUGAAGAUCUCGGCUUCGAUUCUUAUAUAAUCCCAACACAAGACCUGGCCCCAGGUCAGUUUCGCCUCCUAGAAACAGACCAUCGAAUAGUAGUUCCAGUUGAAUCCCCCAUUCGAAUUUUAAUCUCAGCCGAAGACGUACUUCACUCCUGAGCCGUCCCAAGCCUAGGAGUAAAAAUAGACGCCGUCCCUGGACGCCUAAACCAAACAGCAUUUAUUGCAUCCCGUCCCGGAGUUUUCUAUGGGCAAUGCUCUGAAAUUUGCGGCGCAAACCACAGCUUUAUGCCUAUCGUGGUAGAAGCAGUCCCACUAGAACACUUUGAAAACUGAUCAUCCUUAAUACUUGAAGACGCUU